AGUAUCUUCGGUCCUAGCAGUGAUCACCGCAGUGUCUGUAGCGCAUUUUUUCCUCGUUGCUGGUGGAUUCUCUGGACCUAGAGGCUUCGCAAAGCUAGCCGCUGCUGAACAAUGGUUUACUUCGUUCUGGGGUUCUACUGUCCAAUGAUCAGACUACUAUCUCAUGCCCAUUACUAUUCUGCUUCAUUGAUAAUGCUUGACGCUCAUGCUACAUAAAAGAUCUUCUUGUAUACUCUAGCUACGGAAAUACUAUUUCAUCUGACGCGUAAGCGAGAUUGACUCGUGGGCGCUUAUCCGUCGUUGUAUUUCUUUCUUCUGGUACGACCUCGGGAUGCCCUUGUUUUUGUCUAAAGUCUUUGGACGCAAAAAGCACGAGGAUAAAGCCUCGACCAGUUCAAAAUCUUCUGCAUCUCCUCUCGAAGGCAAAUUUGAAUAUGUAAUUCCGAGCCCUUCGCUGGAGAAAGGCCCCGACUAUCCUCACCUUUCUCUCAAUCUACCCGAGCGGAGGGAAAAUCGCGUUCUCAGUCAUGUCUUCGAGAAUGGUGAUGCAGUUGGGAGGACACGGCUGUCUCCUGAACAAGCCCUUGAAAUCGUUCGUUCAUGUUCACAAGUUAUUAUCACUCGAGGUUUGGAAACGCUGGGUAUCAUGCAUCCGCACUGGCACUCAGCUUCAUCGGCAACUCAGCAGAGGUUGAUUCUACUCUUCAUACAAUCUCCAGCAGCCGUUUUCGAAUCCGAAGUCAAUUCCACUCGUUCCGCUCACGACGUGGCAGCAGUCUUUCGAUGGGCUAUUCGUCACCUUGAGCUUCCAGGCGCUUCAUUUGGCAAUGAUCCAACUUGGUACCACAACUUUUUCAAAGCCGAAAAGUCUGCCUCCUACCCAUUGAACUCUUUCACCGAAAUGUUAGCUCCUCAGCUUCCGGCCAUUAAUUUGGAACUCUUGACAACCACUCUGAACUUAUUUUCCUCGUUAGCAGCACAUUCCGAAGCGAACAGUAUAUCCGGGAGCAAGCUCUCCAAGUUCCUUGGCCUGUGGCUCCUUACCGCCGAACGAUCUACACCGGGCGACGACUUCCUGGCAUUCUACCACAAGUGGGAUAAGCACGGCCGUAUCCUGGAGCAUCUUUUCCUAUCACAUAUUCGAAAUGAAAUUGCCCACCAUCGCAUGCCAAAGCGCUUAGUCGAAUUGGUUAAGCACUAUCCAUAUGCUGGAAUCACCCAAUCAUCCACAGAACACGAUCUUCUUCCUCGCCCACGCUUCUCUACGCGUCGCUAUGACGCGCUUUUUGUGCACAUUGACACAGAAAGCCCGCUUUCUGGCCCGAAGGCAUCAAGGCAUUCCCUACAGAUGGUCGCGGAUGCUUUGAAUGCGAUCACCCCUUCUACAGAUACACCGCCCUACUCGAUAUGGCGGGAGGUACAGCAAACCGCCGCUGCAGGAGAUGAAGAACUUCUUUAUUCUCCCAGUGUAGGCAGAUUUCCUGCCGUUGGACGUGUCUUGAGUGACGAAACUUUAGGAAUACUUUCAUUACUUGCGGAUGAUGAAAUUCAACGAGAGUCCUCAAUCAAUUUCGUCUCUCGAACCAACUCACCCAAGGAGGAUACUGAUCGAACUGGCCCCGGACAGAGAAGCACUAGCAUUCAUGCGAGACAGUUGUCAGUGUCUUCUUCUGAUACUGCGAUGCCGCAACGGCCAAGUUUCAAUAAUCUUGGCCUGAACUUGGAUUGGAAUAGUUUCUCCUCUUCCGGCUUUUCGCAGUCGAGUCCAUUACUGACUCCGCUUGCCGAGACUCUUUUGGAAAGCAAAGACAGUGAAGUUACAUCUCCCAGCGUAACUCCAUCCAGGAAAGGUAGCAAAAAAUCAGUGAAAACACCACCCCACCAAUCCCGAAGGAGCUUGGACGUUCUCCCUCCUAUCACCAUUCCUACUACACCUGGUACAUGGUCUCAGUUGCAAAAUGAUCUAACUACUACUUCCGGUAUAACUGCGAAAACCAGCUCGCGAGUAACCAAAGUUGAGCUCAUCCCUCUGGAUGAGGGGUUCAUCGACUUUUGGAAUGACUCGUUACUCGACCCGAUUACUGAUGUCGAAGCUUGGCCCAAGUUUGUGGUCUGUAGGCUGAAAACAAGCAUUGGAACGCAAGCAAAGAAAGUAGAGUGGAUCGUGGUCGAGCAGCAGUACAUCAAGCCAGCACCGAAAAUCCUUUCCGUAGCCCGAAGUCCUACAUCGCACAGCACUGACACCAGCGCUCAUGAGACCACGGUUGAAUCUACAAGCUCUCCCAAAUCACCGGCUAUGCGAGCAUCAUCCCCGCGACCUUCCUUGUCAUCUGUAAAUGCCUCUGUAAAACGUUUCAGUUUCUGGGGAGGUUCGAAGAAAGAUAAGGGUGAAAAAGAGGAUCUAUCCCCUACUACCAAAAAGAAAGUCAAAGGCGUAAAAAUAGGGGAAAUGGGCGAAAUACUCGCACAGGAAGAACCAAAGUCACCCAAAGUUGCUUCACCACCCAAGAAGGUUGUUGAAGUACCGGCAGUAGUUGAGGAAGAGCAGGAAGUCCAGGAGACUAAGAAGGACCUUGUUGUGGCUCAUGCGAAGGCGGAAAUUGGUAGCGAGAGUAUAGUAUCACCAGGCGUGGCUGUCGCGUUCACCGGCAUAGGGGCUGCUGGUGUUUCCGCCGAUAUCGCUGAACUUGCAGUCGAAGUCCAACAAAACGUCCCACAUCCUGACAUGGAAGAACAGCAAAAAAACUUAAUCCCUGCUGCAAUGCAAGCGUUCGAUGAGUUGAAGGAAGAGCAAGAGAUAGGAAGUUCGACCCCUGUAGCUGUGCCGCCACCACAAGAGUCUUCUACCGUCAAGGAAUUUUCCUCGACAAUCCAGACCGAUCCUAGAGCUGCGUUUGACGGGUCUACAUCCCCAGAGCUUCUUCCACAAGUCGUUGCGUCUUCGGUUGUUGAAUCAGCGCCUGCUGUUGAAGCCAUCGAAGCGGAUGCCGAUGUUCCAGUAGAGCUCGCCAUCGAUGAACCUGCUCCUCAGGUUCAGAAGGAGACUACCCUUGAGGAGGUCGCCGAGCAAAUCCCAGAUGUGCAGGAACUCGAGUCUGUUGUGGAUGUACCAGUAGAUGAGAUUGUUGAGGAUGAACCUGUCACUCUAGAGACUGUCACAGAACCUACUGAUGUACAGGAACCUGUGACAAAUGUGUCCGCAUCAGACGCAAGUCAAUCAAUCCCAGAGCCCGCGCAAUUUGUGAAAGAACCCGCUGUUGCGCCAAUAUUUGUGAUCGAACCAACCACAACUGAUGAGCCUGAGCCUAUGACGGAAGAGACAGUUGUCAAUGACUCUUGGGGGUCCGCACGAUCUAUCCACGAACCUAUUGUACAGGAACUUGCAGAGGAGACAGCCGAGGCAACUUUGGUUGAGGAGCCUGAACAUGCCCGUGAUGUUUCUUCACCUCAGGGGCCUAUUUCUACAACUGUAGAGGAUGCACCCGAACCUGCUUCACCGGAAGAGACUAUGCCUGCAUCUCGGGCAGAAUCUGUUCUAGUUCAGGAACAAAUCGAUGGCCCCCAAGCCGAGUCUCAGUUGCCUCCCGAAGCUGCUGUGGAGGAGGUGGAAGAUGGUCCUGCAUCAGCUAUUGCUUCCAUGAACCUCGAGUCAGGCUCCGCGGACCUUGUUGUCGAACGAUUCGGAAACAUCAAACCAGCAGAAGAAUUGCCUGUUGUCAACGAAGCGCCCGCUCAGGAGGCAGAAAUCAUUACUCCUUCCACGGACGAUCUUGAAGAUUCGCAAGCCUUGGCCUUGUCAGAAGCUUCGACAACUAUAUUUUCGUCGGAACUCGAUCCCCCACCACCUGCACCCAUCGAAAGCACUCUAGUUGACCUGGUAGACGCUUCUGCUGUUUCGGUUGAAGCCACAGAACCGGCUACUCACAUUGCAGAGAGAGUUCACGAGAUAUCUCUACCUGAGGAUACUGCACCUGAAACAGAAGACAAUAUUCCAGUUGCCGUUGAGCAAUCCAAUGAUGCUUCAAAUACUCAACUCCCAGAGAUGGAGGCUGCCUCAGAAGUAGUAGUCAGUCCACCAGCGUUUGAAACAUCUCUUCCAGAACCAAGCCAGGAAGUCCCUGAAUCCGCAGAGAAUGUUAAAAUCAAGCCUCAGGAACCAGAUACCUCUGUGGAACCGUCAAAUAAUCAUGCACCAGAUUUGAUGCCCUCCAUCCCUGUUGAAUCCGCCACUUCCGUAAAUCCGACUUCUGAGCAUGCAAAGACUGUGAACGAGGACGCAAUAGCGCGGGAGAAUUCCGAACCCGCAGAAGAUGUCGUUGAGGUUCCUGAGCAACCCGCAACUAUCGACGAUGUCGAAGCUGAACAGAACGAGUCUCUUGUUCGCUCUGAACCUCUUCGUGAAUCGUCUCCGGGGCUAGAAAACGAUACAGUCUCACUAUCUGAGGUGCCCGUCGUCAAUGCGCCCGUAAUUCCUCCUGCCAGUCCUUCAGCUCAUCCUGUAGUCAUAGAUACUCAUCCGGAAGAGCUAAAAGGAAACGUUCCGGAAGACAUUAGUGAUGAUGAUAUUUCCGACGACCUACCUGAUAAGUAUCUGUCCCCAGCACCGGCAACUGUUGUUUUUGCUGGAGAGACGGUUGGACCUGCACUUGCACUCAAUUCUAGCGAGAUUGUCACUGCUGCUUUGGCUGGUGAAGCUGGUGAUGUUGAUGGAAAAGGGGAGGCGGUCGGUGAUGAAAUUGGGGCCGACGAUGCUGAUGAUGUGAAAGAGUCUGAAGUUGGAAAUGGCACUCGAUCGUACGAGGCCAUGCAUGAUGAGGUUGAAACCGCCACACCUACAAAGCGUGAACCGGGCGAUGCCUUGCCCUCAACAUGAGUUUGGGUUUGCUGUUUCACGCGAGUACUUUGCUCGAAUUGGUAAUAACAUUGCGCUUUCACCUUGCUUUCAGUCAUAUAUAUACCUAUAAG